ACACCUAGCUUUGCCCGCCAAUGCCAUAUCUUGCAAGAUUGAUGAGUAGCCAAUUAUUACUCCUCCCAAUCCCAAAGAAAAAUAAGUUGGCAAUUAUUCACACCUUGAAAUGCAAACAUCGCAAUUUGCCAUCCAUGCAGAAUCAAUGCAGCGUUCUACCCAUGCUUUUCUUUCUGUACUUCCUGCCUAAACUUUGCCUAUAAAUCUGCACAUCCAUGGCUCGUUUCUUGCAACAAAGCCACAGCCUUCAUCAUCAUCAGAGAGAGAAGGAGAGAGAGGAAGAGAUUGCAGUGAGUGAGUGAGUGAGUGAAGCAGCCAUGGCGGCGGCGGCGAGGGCAACGGCGCGGGUCGGGCUUGCGCUGCUGCUCGCGGUGGUGGGCGUCGGCGCGCAGGACUACGACUUCUUCUUCCUGGUGCUGCAGUGGCCCGGGUCGUACUGCGACACGAAGCAGAGCUGCUGCUACCCGCGCUCCGGCAAGCCGGCGGCCGACUUCGGCAUCCACGGCCUCUGGCCCAACCGCGACGACGGCAGCUACCCGCAGAACUGCGACCCUGACAGCGAGUUCGACCCCUCCAAGGUGAGCGACCUGCUGGGGAGCAUGCGCUCGGAGUGGCCGACGCUGGCGUGCCCGAGCAACGACGGCAUCCGGUUCUGGGCGCACGAGUGGGAGAAGCACGGCACCUGCGCCGCGGCGGCGCUCGGCGACGAGCACGGCUACUUCGAGGCGGCGCUCCGCCUCCGGUCGCGGCUGCCCGUGCUCGCCGCGCUGCGCGACGGCGGCGUGUCGCCCGACGGCGGCUACUACACGCUGUCCCAGAUCAAGGGCGCCAUCCAGCGCGGCGUCGGCGCCGAGCCGUUCGUGGAGUGCAACCGCGACGAGUCCGGCAACAGCCAGCUGUACCAGCUCUACUUCUGCGUGGACGCCGCCGGCGAGCGCUUCGUCGACUGCCCCGCCUCCCCCGGCGGCCGCCCCUGCGGCAAUCGGAUCGAGUUCCCGGCGUUCUAGAGCUCUGAGCUCUCUCUCUCUAACCAGCCUCUUCUCCUAGCUCUACGGGGAAGACUCUACCUUCGAAGCAUGUCCUUUGUCACUGACACGUGGGUUCGAUGAACCAUGGGUUCACUUGUUCAGUGAUAAAUGUAUGGUGUCUUUGAAGGUAUAGGAUCUCAAUUCGGGAAAACGUCGACGACAAAGAAUUGAUGAUGAUUUAAUCCAUUUCAGUAAUCCAUGUUAUUGAUUACGGAGUAAUUAUUAAUCUGACCGUGUUUUUUUUUAAUUCUGUUGUUGCAAUAAAAGUAUGGCCAUGUAAUGUUUCUCUCUUUUUUCCCCGCAUAAUUUGAACAAGUUUAGGGGGGAAGUGGAACAUAUAAAUCAAAGAAAGAAAUGAAAUUUACAUGAAUUUUUACAUCAAA